AUGGGAAUGACUGUUAGAGAACAGUAAAUUACAACGAAGUUUGAGAAGGUUGGAAAAACGAGUCAAGUUAGAAUAUAUAUACAUUGAUGUUAUUAAUAUUACUGAUUUAGUAUUAAUAGUAUCAAGUAUUAUUGAUAUGAUAUAUUUAUAUGGUAUAUUUUACUCAAUAUUAUUAAUACGAUACUCGAUGCAAUAUAAUACUUAAUAUAAUAUAAUUCAUGUAAUGCUUGUAUCUAAUGUUAUCGAUAUAAUAUUUGUAAUACUUGAAAAAGUUGAAGAAUAAAAUUAGAAUGUACAAGUAUUCGAUAUAAUAUCAUUAAUUUAAUACUUGAUAUUAUUAAUAAUACUAUUAAUUUGAUGUGAUAUUAUUGACGCAAUAUAAUCCCUAUUAUACUUUCAAAUGUUAAAUAUACAUUUAACAGAUUGACCAAUAUUUAAUACCACCGGCCAAUUUAAUAAACUCAAUAAUUGUAUUACACUUCAGUCGACAUGGUUGUCGCAAUUGUUUAAUCGACAUGUGUCUGUUGAUCGGUGGUUCCAGGCAGAUGUUCCCUCAGAUGAAGUUCCGAGUUUCCGGAUUGGACGCGAAGGCCAAGUAUAUCCUUCUGCUGGACAUCGUCGCGGCGGACGACUACAGAUACAAGUUCCACAACAGGUGGAUGGUGGCGGGGAAGGCCGACCCGGAAAUGCCGAAGAGGAUGUACAUCCAUCCGGACUCGCCGAGCAGCGGUGAGCAAUGGAUGCAGAAGGUCGUGAGCUUCCACAAGCUCAAACUCACUAACAACAUCAGCGACAAGCACGGCUUU